AUGUUAGCUAACGCAACCGAAGAGAGUCGUGUUCUAAACACAAUCAGAGCUCAGACCUACGAUACAGACACUGUAGUAAGCAGAGAAAUAUAUACAACAUUUCGCUUGAUAUUUGUAGGAUUUCUCGCUCUAGUUCUCGCUAUUCUCGGCAUCUCCACCAACGUGGUCAACUGCCUGGUGUUCCAGCGCCAAGGACUUGGGGACCGCAUGAACCUCUGCCUCUUCUGCUUGGCCCUUGCAGACUUAGGCUUGUUAUUGUUUGUCUUCCCCUUCAGCAUGAUCACCAUCUUCUGCGAUCUGGGUUUGUUCGGGGUUACUGAAGAACACUACUUCAAGACAUCUCUUUAUUCCCUGGGUAUAGUGUACGCUUUCAGAACCACAUCCGGUUGCUACAACAUGGUGAUCGCAGUGGAGCGCUGUGUUUGCGUCCUGUUCCCGCUUCGCGCCGUGUCCCUCAUCCGGACCCGAACCAUGGGCAUCAUCCUGGCGUCCAUCGCUGUGACCCUGCAGGUCGGCUUCCUCACCCUGCCCUUCAGACACCAGCUCGUCAGGCUGGACAUGGACGGGAAGGUGGUGUGGUAUCUCGGUCUGUCAGCAGCGUGGGCCGCCAACCAGAAGCUGUUUGACAUUAUUUUCUCUCACAUACUCAGCGUCAUCCUGCCCUUAGUCACUUUUCACGUCGUUUCCAUAGCAACACUCGUGACGGUAGUGAAGCUGCGGGUGGCCAUGGCGUGGAGAGAAAAGACCAGCUCUGCCGGAACAACCAAUGACAGCCAGAUGGCGCUUACCAAGACCCUGGUUCUCGUCUCGUGUGUUUACAUUGUUACCACGUUGCCCCUUGUUGGCUCUAAGCUGGUCAGUGUCGUGUCAUCGGAUUUCUCUGUCUUGGGUAGAUACCUCAUGCUGUACAACCUUAUCACAUAUGUGGCCAACGUGUUUCCUCUGAUAAACAGCUUUGUCCAUUUCUUCGUGUACUAUUCUCGGUCUUCGAGAUUCAGACGGGAACUGACACUCUUGUGUUUACAAUUGAAAACAAGGCGAAAGAUUCUAUCCAAUCGGCGAAAUGUUGGAUUCAAGAAAUGA